CUCGAGCAGGAGUUGGGAGACAGAAGGUAGCAGCUUCAGCAACAGGAUGUCCACAGCACGCGAAAACACAGAAUCUAUUUUCCGGCUCUUCAGAAUACUUAAAUUGGACAUUUCAGGUGCAAUAAAAGGUUUAUUUCCUUUCUUAGAGGUCCUCCGUGACUACAGUGUUAUCAGCGAUAGGCAGUAUGACGAUUUUCAAGAAUCCCAUAGAAACCUGAUCCCUUUACGAAAAGUGGUCUACAGAGUCUUGGAAGAAUUGGAAAAGAAACAUGACCUGAAGGCUCUAAGGUUAUUGUUCUGUAAGCAAAAUAUGGAGGCAUACCCUGAUUUGGAAUGCAUUUUUGAAAGAUUUAAAAAUGUCUUACCACAGAACCAAUUGUGGUCCGAAGAAAUCGAUAGAAGGUAUCCGAACUCACAGCUCAGUGUUGAACAAGGACCUGAUGUCAGCUGUUCUCAAGAAAGCCUGACCUGGUCACCCUCAGGUCCCUCCUCAUCUGAUGAAGACCUCUAUGAAAUAGUAGACGUGAAAGAAGAUACCACCGGCGAUGACAUUGAUGGACUGCAAAGGCCCCAAGCAGCCAGACCGCCAGGCCCAGGUUCUGAGCCGGAGGAGUCCUGUGAACUAAAAGUCCAACUGAGUGACAGAGAUGCAGGCCUGGAGCCUCACAUCCCACUGCCCUGCAGCAACGAAAGAGCAGAGCUACCCAGCCAUGGAAUCAAAAUUUACCCUUGUUCGGUCAAUACGGUAAAUAUAAAGCAAGAAAAUUCUUCAGAUUUCUUGAGUGGUGAACAACAGACCCACACAAGGACCAGCCACAAUCAGGCCUCUGAGGUAAUAGACCUUACCAGAGAUAAUUCUGAUGAUGAAAACAUCUUCUCAGAGGAAUCCACCUCAGUCACCUGCCAGUCAAGUAAGGAAACCCAGAGAGCAAGACAGGCUGUGGGCAUCUGCUCUCAAGAGCCUGAAAAUUCCAUAAAUCCUCCUACAUCCAUAAACAUACAUAGGAGAAGAGACCCAGUCCCAAACACACUGAACCUGAUAGAAGAGAAAGUGGGAAAUACUCUACAACACAUGGGCACAGGAGACCACUUCCUACGUAUAACCCCAGCAGCACAGACAUUAAGGGCAACAUUGAAUAAACGGGACCUCCUGAAACUGAGAAGCUUCUGUAAAGCAGAGGACACUGUCACUAAGACAAAAAGGCAACCCACUGACUGGGAGAAGAUCUUCACCAACCCUGCAACUGACAAAGAUAUGUCUGAUACUGACAGCUCAAGCACCAGGAAAAGACAAAGAAGGACAAGUCCGAGAGAUCCCAGUCAAAACAAUGUGGAUUUUAACUAUCCUGAGCUUCCGGUGACCUGUGGUAGUGCUAAGGGGACUCUGUAUAAAAAGAAAUUUGAGCAAGGCACCCGUGAGAAGAGUAUAUGGAGUGAAACUGGAGAGUGGCUUACUCUCAGGGAGUUUGAAAUCAGGGGAGACCAUGAAAAAUCCAAGAACUGGAAGAAAAGCAUACAGUGCUAUGGACGGACCCUGGGAUACUUGAUAGAGGAAGGAUCUCUACCAAACCCACUAAGGACAAAGGAAAAGGUAAUUAUUCCAAGAUCUCCUUCCAUGAUGUCUGAGGCUAUUAUCACACCAUGCAGAGUGACCUUGGAUAUUUAUUUAGUGGGUUAUGGAGGGGAAAAAGAAAGGAGGAAGGGGAGAAGAGAGAAGAACAGAGAGGCAGAGAGAGAGAGAGAGACAGGGGGAAAGGGGAGAAGUGGGGAGAAGGGAGCAAGGCAAAAACUGCCUCUUCAGGAGAGAGAAGGAAAGGAAGGAACUCAGGCUGGAAGCAGAAAGAAGAUCUGCUUUCCUCAGUGGACAAGGAAGUAG